CAAAAAAAAAGAAUUGAACAAGCAAAAGGCUCCCAGCUCAUUGCCUUUGUCUUCAUGUACCCAACGCAGCGUCCCACGAGGGCAUCUGCCUCCUGAAUUUGGCUUCCCAUGUCGGGCUGGCCUUCUUAAAUCCACGACCCACCCACACUCCCAUUUUUGGCGCACAGUGGACGGCAUCUUCUCCAUCCGCUCCCCCCACACUGAUCACACUUCAAUACUUCAUCACACUCGAAGCGAGCAGCCGCCCGCAGGACGCGGAAGUGAGGGAGGCGGAGCAGCAGCGCGAGGCGAAAUGGCGAGCAAGCCGGUCACCGUCGGCGACCUCAUCCACCGCGUCGCAUCCUCCUGCCUCUCCAACCGCCUCCCCUGCAACUACACCCUCCGCGACUCCGUCGACAGCGAUCUGGAUGACGACGACGACGACCCGUUCGCCGACGCCGUCUCCAGCAGCGACAAGUGCCGCCGGUCCCCCUCCGCGGCGGAGGUGGAGGUGGAGGGGCAGCAGCAGGAGGAGGAGAAGCUCAAGAUCUGGGAGGAGGGGAGCCAGGAGGAGCGGAAGGCGGCCCAGGGCGCCGAGCGCGCGCGCGACGCGGAGGCGCUGAUGGCGGAGGUGUUCGACGCGGUCUCCGGGCUGCGCCGCGCGUACGCCGCGCUCCAGGGCGCGCACUGCCCCUGGGACCCCGACAAAAUGCGCGCGGCCGACGCCGCCGUCGUCGCCGAGCUCCGCCACCUCGCGCGUCUCCGCGACCGCUUCCGCCGCUCCGCCGCCGCGGGCCACAUCCCGCGCCCCAACCCCUCGGCGCCGCCGCUCCGCGAGGCCGUCGCGCCGUACGAGGCCGCGCUCGACGACCUCCAGCGCCAGCUCCAGUCCAAGCAGGCCGAGGUGGACGGCCUCAAGGAGAAGCUCGCCGCCGCCACCAGCCGCCGCAACGGGCGCCACCACCCGUCCAAGCCGAACGGCCCCGGCGGCGCGCCCACGGCGGACCUGUUCACCACCUGCGCCGAGCAGGCCCGCGCGGCGACGCGGGCGUUCGCGGCGCACCUCCUCCACCUGAUGCGCGCGGCGGGGGUGGACGUCGCGGCGGCCACCCGGUCCCUCACCAAGAUCCCGGUCUCCUCCCCGCAGCUGGCCAAGCACGCGCUGGAGGCGCACGUCACCCGCUCCCUCCUCGGCGGCUUCGAGCACGAGUCCUUCUACCUCGACGGCUCCCUCUCGUCGCUGCUCGACCCCGCCGCGUUCCGGCGGGAGCGGUACACGCAGUUCCGCGACAUGCGCGGGAUGGAGCCCGCCGAGCUCCUGGGCGUGCUCCCGACCUGCGCCUUCGGCCGCUACGCCGCCACCAAGUUCGCGGCCCUCCUCCCUCCCCGCGUGGAGGAGGCCAUCCUCGGCGACGGCGAGCACCGGCGGGUGGUGAACGGCGGGACGCACCCGCGGACGCCCUUCUACGGGGAGUUCCUGCGCGCGGCCAAGGCCGUGUGGAUGCUGCACCUGCUGGCGUUCGCGCUGGAGCCGCCGCCCAGCCACUUCGAGGCCGGACGCGGCGCGGAGUUCCACCCGGAGUACAUGGAGAGCGUGGCCGGCGCGCCCCCGCGCGCCGGCGCGGGCAUGGUCGUCGGAUUCGCGGUGGCGCCCGGGUUCCGGCUGGGGAACGGCGCCGUCGUGCGCGCCCGGGUCUACCUCGUGCCGCGUGGUGGCCGACCGUGACAGGCCGAUGCACGGCGCAGCGCCGUGGUCCACGGAUCACCUCCGAUCGUUCGUUGGGUGGGCGCCAUGGAGAUGGAGAUGGAGUAGCUGCGGCUCAUUGGUGAAGAACAGUGGUAGUGGUAGUACCGUACUACUAGCUCCCUCCGUAGACUUUCACUGCUACUCCUUAAUCUAGAUUGCCUUUUUCUCUCAAGUGAUCAACCAUGUCAAGUCAAGAGGACUUGGAAUUGAAUGUAUCAUCAUCGUUCGGUAAUAACCAGUACCAUUUCCUGAUUCA